GGUAAAACACUGCUGCAAACAAAGCUCUUCCAAUGUUUCUCACAUUAAUGAUGCAGAGACCUGGAGCUUUGUGUUUAACUUCAUGGAUCACAGCAGGAACUGCAGUUCUGUGUUUAACCUUCUUCCAGUCAGCAGACUCCGGGUCGGACUGUGAGCUUGGCGAGAGGUGCCUUGGACAGAGCGAUGAAAACUCUAGCAGCUGGUAUGUGUGGUUCCUGGUGUUGUUUUUCCUGGCCCUGCUCCUGUCCUGCGGGAUCUGCUGCUGCCUGCAGUGCUGGCUGAGGCGCCGGAGCCGCCUGCCCCGACGCACCGUGGCUGUCUUUGCCCUCAGCAGCUCCGAUGCCUUCUGUGCUGCUGAAGCACCUCCGUGCCCAUUCUCCGGAUCCCUGAGCUCCUGCAGGACUGCAGAGAUUUCCUCUUCUCCUGCCUCAUGCUUCAGCCUCGGGGGAACUGAAUUGCCUCCAUCUUAUGAGGAUGUUAUGAAGGAAAACAAGCUCUAGAUACCACAUGUUGGCUUUCAGGGAUCCUGCUUGGUUCAUCAGAGAUCU